AUUAUUUCUAAACACUCGAAUGCUUUUGAGAAAGGUCCCAUAUAUGAUUUUAUGAAACCUGGUAUUGGUAAUGGUUUGAUAUCUGCUUCAGCAUCAAUAUGGAACAAACAUCGAAAAUUGUUGAAUCCAGUAUUCAAAAUACAAAUUCUUUCUGACCAUAUGAGUAAGAUAAUAAAACAAUCACACCGAUUAACGAAAACUAUUGAAAGUUAUAAUGAACAAAAAAUAGACAUACUACAUUACACAAAUCUUUUUACUUUGGAUACGAUAUAUGAUACAAUGUUUGGUCGGGAUUUUAAUUUCCAAAAUAAUCCAGAAUGUAGACUUCAUGACAAUAUUUCAGAAUUAAUAGGCAUAAUUACCCAAAGGAUCUACAAAUUCUGGUUGCAUCCGGAUAUUAUUUUCUACAAUUUACCUAUAGGAAAAAGAUUUCGAGAAACUUUAGCACACUUGGAUACAUUAACCUGGAAGGAACAAAAAGAAUCUAUGCAAGAAAAGAAAAUUAAUGGCGAAAUGAAUGAAAAAGAUGCAACAAAAAAUACUUCUCUAUUUCUUGACACGGUAUUCAAAUCAUUCUAUGAGGGAAAAGAAUAUACGGAACAAGAUAUUCGUGACGAAAUGAAUACAAUAGUUAUAGCUGGAAGUGAUACAAGUUCUAUUUCAAUUACUUUUGUGUUGUUAAUGUUAGCUAUUUAUCCAAAAAUUCAAGAACAAGUAUACGAAGAGCUCUACCAAAUAUAUGGUUCUUCCGAUCCGGUAGAUGAAAAUAUUUCAUAUGAAGAUACUAAGAAUUUAAAAUGUUUGGAAAGAGUGAUCAAAGAGACUUUUCGUCUUUUCCCACCUGCUCCUUUUAUUGGACGAAGUGUAUGUGAAGAUAUACAAGUAAGCGAGAGUGUAAUAGUCCCAAAAAAUUCUACUUGUGUAGUCAUGCUUUACGCACUUCAUCGAAACGACAAAUAUUGGAAAAAUCCUUUACAAUUUAAUCCUGAUAGAUUUUUAUCUGGCAAUUACAAUAUUAAACAUUUUUUACCAUUCGGCACUGGACCAAGAGGAUGUAUUGGUUGGAACUUUGCAAUGAUUGAAAUUAAAGUCGUAAUUGCUACUGUAUUGAGAAAAUUUUCUGUUCAUGUAGAUGUCCCACUAAAAUUGGAAGACAUAGCUAUACGAAUGGGUAUAACAAUGAAACCUACGAAAAAGAUUUUUUUAAGAUUUAAGAAGCGAUAAUAUUUAUUAUUAUUGUUAWUAUUUUUUUAAUCUUUUAAGAAAUUGUUUUAAAAUAAGCUGUCUGAAAACAUUUCUUAUGUUUUACCAGUCUUUAAUGUUAUCGGUAUUUUUAUUUUAAAUUAUAAAUGAUUUAAUAGAUUUAUUGACCAAAAAAAAUUAUUAUUAGGGGAGUAAGGGGUUUAAAUAAUUAUUAUUAUUUAGGGGAGUAAGGGAGUAAGGGUUUGUGAAGUAUCUUAAUGAGAAUGUAUAGGUAAACUUUUAAGAGAAACUGUUUGCACCAUGUUAAUCUUUAUAGUUCUAGAAUAGUCAAAUAUACCUUUUAUUAUUAAUAAUAAAAA